AUGCCAGAUCCUCGUUAUCUCGUGAAUCCGUAUUCCACGGUUGGUGACCCAUGGCCCAAUGAUGAAGAGUCGACACCACACCAAGAGACGGCUUCCGCUACUCCUGACUUCACGCAAAGAAAUCUUCGGCUAGUCAUUCCAUCGUCUCCUACGAGCAAAAAGUCUACCGCACUUUCGAAUUACUGCGUUUACGAAAGUGGUUACAGUACAGAUGAUGGCGAGGAUGUGGACGUGACUCUUUCGGAGCUGAAAAUAGAUUCAGAAGGGGAAGAGAGUAACAAGAAAGGGGCUGUUUUUGAAGAGCAACCAAUUUCUGCGCCAAGCAACUUGACACCAUCCAUUGUUCCGAAGGGCAAGGAACUAGAUUCUCUUGGAUUGCAAGUCCUUGGCAAAAGCCUUGAUGAAAUUGAAUUCUUGCCUUUAGACCAUUACCCUGACGAGGAUCUCAUGAAUCCCCAAGCGCACCGCGAAAGACUCCAGAAUAUCCACGAUUAUGCUUCUCGCAACUCGGCCGCAGCAAAGCUCUCCGGUAGCUUAUGUCUCUUCAAAGGGAAUCCUCUGCAAUUCCACGCAGACCAGAUGGCGCCUACAUCACCAGAAGACCACAGAAGCAUCAAGGAUCAACUUGCGAAGGGAGAUCCCCAGACCUUAACUCUAGAUCCCUCAUCGUUUUCAUCUAUGAAGACCUUCCUUGAGCGUUGUUCAGAAAUCACGACAUGUAUAUCUGACAACGUAAGCCAGCUACGCCGCUCGAACUUCUGCCGUCAACAGUUAAAUUUCCUGCAGCUAGAUCGUUCACGCCCUAAUGUCGCCAUCCUUAGACCUAUAGAUCUUGUCACUUUGCUAAGUCUUCUUCGCGCAAUUGAUCGAUCUUGUGGCAUCUAUCGAGAGAAAGAAGUCCAAGAAAGUCACCUUGACAAUAUACAUAAAUGUCUGUCAUCCUUAGAUCUACUAUGCGGCGACUUUUUUGCUGGCGCCUUUAGUCUGGAUGAGAGUCUGUUUCCUGGAGAUCACGCGUAUACACUACUGCGGACUUUAGAUCUUAUCAUAGUAUCCUAUGCCGGCGCUCACGUUAGUCAAUUUGACCAGUGUUGUAGGAAGAAGCUCAAUCCUAGUGACCGAAUUGGAAUAUUGUCUCCUGCUCCAGAUGAAUGUGCUCGCAGAGGAAUAGUAGUCCAUCGUAGGACAUUUCUGUGUCUCGACGGGUUUCUGGGUGGGUGUGAAGCGUGGGUUUUCCAUGACUUCGAAGCUUGCCAGCCAAACUCAACUAAAUUGUACCUUCGGACUCGACCCGAGAGUUUUGCGGACAUCUGGGGCCCCAUGUGGAAGAUUGUGGGGCCUGACCGAGAGAAGAGUACAAUACGCUAUGACCUCGAGAACGGCUCCAUUAUUAUGGCGGAUCAGGCUGAUACCAUUACUUUGUAUCCUUCAGUGGAUCCUAUAGUCAGAGAGGAUGAAGAUCUGAGCCAUUGGAUAUCUGACAGACAGCUGAGGAGUAUGGCUUGCAAUAGGCCCUCUAUAUGCAAACCAUUCAGUCAUGCUGCCAACUUGCUCGUUGGUGCGUCCAACAGAUUUUCGUUGCGAGAUAAUACAAAAGCUUGCCAUUGUACCUCAGCAAGAGCGAAUAACAGCCUUCGAAAAGACGGAUUUAUUUGUCCCUUUGGUGCCACAAGAACCCGGCGACGCGUGGAUUCCGAAGCUGUUGGGAUCAAUAUUGGUGGUGGCGCUCUUGGCCCUGGAGUCUCAUAUGCCAUGACUACCAAGGUAAUUCCUGGAAGAUCAUGGAAGGAAGCUUUCAUCAAGAGAUGGACGCUGGAAAGAACUGCAAGGAAUGUGCAUGGGCUGUCAAGGUACUGCGGGAUUGAAAUGUCGUACUGUACUUAUCACAGUCGACGAGUCCGGAUCAUUGAUCUUUUCGGCACGAAAACCAUUUCCAGUCUAGUUCAAGCAAUUGAUCCUGUUGAAGAUGGGUCUACCAAAGAUGAGAUCUACGGAGCUCUCAAAGAUGACCCCGAGAGUCUUGUGGCUCUUUACAAACAACCCACUACAAGGAAGGGUGUAGGAGACUUAGUCGCACGCUGUCUUGAUCUACUCUCGCUCACCGGGACAACUCUGGAGGAUGAUGCUCCUCUAUCGGCUUUGUGGGUGAUAGACCAAGUCGAAAAUAUUGUAGAGUUUCCGCGGAGAUACUACAGAUGGUGCGGCUUGGUACAGGACUGUCGAGACAACUGCGCUUUCGUGGUCUUGGAAGAGCGAUGCUUGAUCAGCGAAUUUAGGAGGCUGUGCCAAAAUUCUUCGAGUUCAGAUAGUGCACUGCCUAUUGAUGUCUAUCCUCCUAUUCUUGAGACUGCACUAGUCAUUAACGACCGCAAGACACUACCUCAGGGCAUGCGAUUGAAGGUCACCGUUGGAGAAAAAAGAUCCUUGUGGUGGAAUGUUCGAAAACUGGAAAAGGGGAGUUUCUCAGUCGGUCCACAUGGCAGUCUGGAAGUUGUCGGACCUUUAUCAUCAAGAGAAGUCCUCAUGAACUGGAACGGUGCGACUUUUGGUGCUUCUACCAUGAAAUAUCUGACACGACGAGUCUUGCGCAAAGACCCAGACAAAUACCAUAAUGAGCGUAUGUUCGAUGAAUUAGACGCUGAACAGGCGUCCAUGCCAACCUUCAUUACGUCUGUAUAG